GCAUGAAACACACCCAUGCGUGAAAGUGGUAUAAAUAAACAUGCUCUGGAUAUAUUUUAUAAUCGAACGAAUACCCGUUUUGCGCAUGUCUAUCAAACCGAUAGCAGUUCAUCGCACGUAUACUUGUUUUAAUUUAAUUUUCUCGAAAUUAGUGGAAACCGUUUUAUUUAAAUCACUCCAUAAAAAGUUACGUGUGUAAGUGUUGGCAUAGAUACAAUGAUAAGAAGGACGUAAUUAUAUCGGGGAAAGGAGAAAAGUGAUGUAAAGAGUAUAGACAUAAUUAAUUUUUCUAAACUUCAUGGACGUGAAUUGAAUGUACUAGAGGACUAUUUUAGGGUAUUUUAGAUAAACACAUCAAAUAAGCAGAAAAUUUAUCUAAGGACAAAACGGUCACGGGUGAUACACGAAACAUUGCGCCAUAUAACCUAAAAGCUGUGAAGACCCUUCGUCGACACGGCUCUACACGCUAACCAGGUGGCUCAUAUGGAGGGAGAAAUGGCCAACCAGAACGGGACGUACAGACAGACGCACGUGAACGCAGUGUUCACGAUGGACGACGGCGAGACGGGAGACCGCAUGAAUCCUCGCCUCAUCAACUUGGACAAGCAACAAGAGACCAAAGUGCACAUCAAAUCGUUACGUCCGUACAUGAAUAGGAAUGAGGCCCAUCAUAGCAUGGUUGACUCCUCGGAAACGGUGACGUUAUCAUGGCAGAACGUCAACGUCUACGUCAACCCGCCAAGUCGAGCAUGCUGCCGGGGACCAGACCCCGCCGUAGAACGCAAGCACGUGCUAAGAAACGUGUGCGGCCUAGUGAGACCAGGGACACUUGUUGCUAUCAUCGGAGCAAGUGGUUCCGGUAAAACGACACUACUAAAUACGCUGACGUCACGAACAAACAGCGAGGUUAUGAAGUCAGCAGGCGAAAUUCGGGUCAAUGGCGUCGAUGUGGGUCAAGGAAUUCGGAACAUCUCGGCUUACGUCACGCAAGAUGAUCUAUUUAUAGCGACAAUGACGGUCAAAGAACACCUUACGUUCCGGGCCCUAUUGCGUAUGGAGGCGGAAGUGACGCGGGAGCGCCGUAUCGAGCGCGUUGACGAGGUGAUCAAAGAGCUGGGGCUCACCAAGUGUCAGGACAACAUCAUCGGAAAUCCGGGUCGCAUCAAGGGAAUUUCCGGCGGAGAGAUGCGGCGGCUCUCAUUCGCUUCAGAAUUUCUUACCAAUCCACCGCUGUUGUUCUGUGACGAGCCCACUUCCGGUCUGGACUCGUACAUGGCAGAGAACAUCGUGCAGACAUUGCAGCAGACGGCAAAACGCGGCAAGACUGUCAUCUGCACCAUCCACCAACCCAGCUCCGAGGUGUUCGCUCUCUUCGAUCACGUGAUUGUCAUGGCGGAGGGACGAGUGGCGUUCAUGGGAGAAGCGGAACAGGCUCUUGACUUCUACAAGGGGAUCGGGUUCCCAUGCCCCAUGAACUUUAACCCCGCCGACUUCUACAUCCACACCAUGGCUGUCAGGCCCGGCAAGGAGACCGAGUGUAAAGCGCGAAUCGAGCAAAUCUGCGAUAAAUUCGACGAGUCUCAGAUUUGCAAGGAGAUUGUUCAAGAUAUAAAAAGUGUGUCAGAAAAUCCUAAAGAAGAAGGAAUCAUUAUCGAGGAAGCGUUCAGCGGCACGUCACGCUACGAGGCCUCAUUUUUCCAGCAGUUCAGGGCGGUGUUUGCGCGCUCCUGGAAGACCACAUACAGAGAACCCAUGCUCCUCCGAGUUAGGGUCAUCCAGACAAUUUUUCUGGGGUUGAUGCUCGGGCUAAUCUAUCUACAACUCGACAUCGACCAACAGGGAGUAAUGAACAUCAAUGGUGUUCUUUUCCUCAUGCUCACCAACAUGACGUUCUCGAAUGUCUUCGGUGUUCUUAACUCCUUCCCGCUGGAGACUCCGAUAUUCAUGCGCGAGUACGGAAUCGGUCUGUACAGAGUGGAUAUCUACUUUAUAUGCAAGGUUCUCGCAGAGUUUCCAUCGUUCAUCUUCAUUCCUAUCCUCUUCUCUAGCAUCACCUACUGGAUGAUUGGCCUGUACGCGUCAUUCGAGGCGUUCUGCGUGUUCACAGGCGUGAUCCUCCUGGUGGCAAACAUCGCGGUCUCAUUCGGCUACAUCGUGUCAGCUGCGGUAAACCAUGUUGGAACAGCCCUGGCUAUCGCUCCGCCGCUGAUGAUCCCGCUGCUGAUGUUCGGUGGAUUUUUCCUCAACUCUGAUUCCAUACCCGUGUAUUUCAUCUGGCUCGAGUAUUUGUCCUGGUUCAAAUAUGCCAUGGAGCUAAUUGCUAUCAACCAGUGGGAGAACAUCGACUCCAUAGAGUGUCCAGCUGCGACAGGCAAUAGUACUACUUGUAACCCAAACUGCUUGUUCAGGAGCGGUGAGGGCGUGUUAAAUUACCUUAACUUUGACAAGGAGAAGGUAUGGCUGAAUGUGGGACUGCUGUUUGCCAUGAUGGUUGGGUACCGCCUGAUAGCCUUCAUCAUACUCUUUGGCAAGGCUCGAAAGUCCAAGCAGUAGACAGUGGAUGACGUCAUAAUGUGUGAGGUCAACUUUGUAAAUUCCCGAUGACCAGUGUCAUAAUAUCGCUCCCAUAUUAAGGAAAUGACGAUGCAUCACUUUCCUUGACCGAACAAUUGUACAAAAGUCACGUAGUAGAUGUGACGCCUAUGUUUUUAUCCAGGGAGUUUUUUUUAAACCAUGUGAGGUAAUUCAUUGUUACAUAAUUACAUUCAAGGGGCGUGACACAUAACUUCAAAGAAAUGGUUUUACCGUGUGGUUUUUGGUUUUCUUCUGCGACGAACGCUUGAACUGGAGAUACAUUGUAUAACAAUUCCCCUUUAUUCGGUUAGUCUAUCUCACCGUUCAUCGUGUGCAAUCACUUUGCUUUGAAGUAUUUCCCGUCAUGUAUCGUGUGCAAUCGCUAUGUUUAAGUUCAUUGUUUUUAAGUUAUAUGUUUGCCUAUGGAAUGUAAAGAGAUCGCUCUUUGAGAGUUCCUUGUAUUGUUGUUUUUUGUCAUGGUGUGAACUACUGGAGCUCAAUUCGUCUAAACCAUGUGUUAUUAUAUCAAUGAUAUCCAAAAUGACACGUAAAUUGUACAUGGUUUACUUUCCCAUCGGCGAUCUUGGAUAUUGUGUGCAUUACCAUUAACGUUUCGAUACCAAAAUCUCAUUAUAAUUGUAUACAUUGCAGUUACAUGUUAACUUUUAAAAUCAUUUACUAUAUAAGUAACUACAUGUUCGAUAGAAAUAGCACCAUCAAGAGGGAAAGUAAGUUGUGAUGUUAAACCGUUUAUAAAUCUUUGUUUAACAAUA